CAAGGCGAGGUUGUGUCCCUUGAAGCCAUUGUAUGCAAACGCCAAUACCACAUUGUGUCCCGGAUAAGUUUAUUGGAUUGGAUCAUCGCAUGGAUAUAAAUAUCAAUCAUAUGACAAAUUAUAAACAUGGAAGUGUGUUGUCAAAAGAAGAUCUUUCCUACACCAAGUAUUAUUUAGGAAACAAAGCAGAGACCCAGGUGCCAUGAAAUCAACAUAACGAAAGUAGAAGUAUGCAUGCUGCAAUGACACACAAAACAAAUAAGAUCUCGCUUUUGGUGUUGAUUUGGACUUGUUACACAGUGGGUGAUGGGCAAGUCGUCAGCUAUGAGGUGGAUGAGAGUCACGCCACCCUGCCAGUCUUGACUUGGUGGGAGUCGACAGGCAAAUAUCCUGAUUAUGUCAUCUCCUGUGAGACGCAACAGAGAUGUCUCGUGUCCAGGAACAAGACACGACUGCAGCAUCAGGAAGUCAUGGUGAGUUACCAUGACAACAUAUACACGAUGUACGUAUUUUACGGCUCAUUCUUUCUGUCGAGUGCUCUUCCUUUUCCAAGGAAGGAUGGCGAUAUUUGGGCAUUGAUCCACGAAGAGUCGCCCAUGAACAAAGAUUGGCUGUUUUCAUUCAGGAGCACUAUAGAGCUGUUCAACUACACAUCGACUUUCAAGAGGGGUUCUGACUACCCGCUCACCACCCACUGGCUGACAAACAAAGAGACACUGCUCAGUAAAGAAUAUUUAGUCCCCACAGACAGAAAGAACGUGAUGAGGACAGAUGGUGGCCUAGCUCCAAUUAUAUUUGUCCACAGCGACUGCAACACACCAUCCAACAGGGAGCAGUACGUCAAGACGUUGCAGAAAUACGUCGAUGUAGAUUCCUACGGCCCUUGUCUCCACAACAAGGACUUCCCAGAAGAAUUCAAGAAUCUCGACGGUAUAGCAGGCUUCUUGAAGCCAGACUUUUUGAGAUUUGUCGCCCGCUACAAGUUUGCUAUGGCUUUUGAGAACGCCAUCUGUGGCGACUACAUCACAGAGAAGUUGUGGCGCCCUCUACAGGUGGGAACUGUCCCUAUUGUGCUCGGCUCGCCGACAAUCAGGAUGGCGACAUCCCAGAUUGAGAAAGUGAGUGAAUUCCUCACCUGUGUGAUCUGCCAGGAACUGUACACAGACCCCUGUACACUGAGGUGUGAUCACACAUUCUGCAGGAAAUGUGUCACAGGAUACAUCCAAACCAGACCAGAUGCUGUACAGUCCAAGACGAUCCCCUGUGCCUUCUGUCGACAAGAUACCAAGGUUCCCCACCCCAGCCGGCCAGUGGAGGAGUGGGCGGGGCAGAUCAAACCCAGUAUCAUUAUACAGGGGCUGAUUGACACACAAGGUGACGUUAUCAAAACAGGUUCCGCUUCAUGUUGCUCCGUGUGUGAAAAGUUAGGGGAGACAACUCCGGGAGCCUCAUGGUGUUCUGAGUGUCAAGUGUCCCUCUGCGAAAGAUGUGUCAAGAUACAUCGUGCAAGUCCAGCAUCACAUGACCAUGAAAUAUGUGACCUUUCAGGAGAGGUCAAGGUGAAGAGGAGGCGCAAGUUCAUAUGCAGGGAGCACAAGGAUGAGGUUAUAAAGCUUGUCUGUAAAGACUGCCACAAAGCUGUGUGUCAGACAUGUUAUGUUGUUUACCACAGGAAAUGUGAGUCUGUCGUUACCAUUCAGGCAAUGUUGCCAAACUUGAAAUACCAUUUAAGAAGGCAUGCUAAACAGUUAUCAAAGAAAGUACAUAGAAAAGAAACAAUUGUUAAGAAAACAGACGAGAAAAUUAGCGGAAUUGAGAAAAACAAAAUAGCAGUAGAAAAUCACAUUAAAUCUGCUGUUGAGAGAGCCAUAGCCAACAUCAAGCAGAAAGAAAAACAGCUGAUGAAAGAAUUCAAGGAUAUUACAGACAAACAAACUGAGGAACUUAAAGCAGAUGUAAAACUUGAAGAGAUUGAGAUACAGAUGUACAGACAACAUUGUGAGUUCAUUGACCAGGCCUUGGCAUCGGACUGUGAGAUGGACCUGUAUGACGCGUAUCAGGCCUGGGAGUCGGGGGCUGUAGAGUUGGGGGAUGUCAGGGACACAGACACAGCAGACACACGGAGAAUAGAUGACAUCAGGUUCACACCUGACACUGACAACGUCCAGCACAUCCUAGAUGACCUACAGCUGGGGAAGAUUGACGUCACAUACCAGGAUCAGGGCACAUGUCUGCCGUCUCCAGUGCUGAUUGACGUGAUAGAUGGGGAGAUGGCUGGCGAUGAGGCGGAGCCUGCUCUACGUGACAUCACAGUCCUGGUUGUAAAUGGUAUACAGACAGUUGUAGUCACUGACUUCAAUAACAAGUGUGUGAAAUCUUUCUACAUUGGAAAAAAUCAACCAUGUCACAGUAAACUUCCCCUGGAUAACUCUCCACGUGGUCUAACACAGUUGAAGGAGAACCAGGUGAUGGUUGCUGUCCCUGAAUUCAGUGAGAUUGUAACAGUAGAAGUGACCCCUGACCUGGUGCUGCUCUCAACCAUCACAACAAGCAUGGACUACUACAGUCUCGCUGUUCUGAGUCCUUCAUCUCUAGCAGCAGGUACUUGGAACUGUGUUGAUAUCCUGGACAUGGCGGGACACGUGCUGAGGUCAGUCACUACACACAACAAUGAGACACUGUUUGCCCCCCUCUUCUACAUGUGUGUCAACAACAAGGGCAACAUACUCGUGUCUGACAGGGGGGAGCAGUCUGUGACAUGUGUGACGUCAGAGGGGCAUGUUGUGUGGAGAUACGCCCCUACUGGAGACAGAGCACUCAGCGACCCUUAUGGUAUUUCAACUACUACAACUGGAGACAUCCUGGUUGCAGACAGUAACAAGGUGAUACGGCUGACAGAGACAGGGGGUUAUGUCACAGAUCAUCAGGACAUUGGCUGUGAUCCAUAUGGAUUGUAUGUCGAUAGACAUGACACACUGUAUGUUUGUGGUCGAGGUCAAAUACACGAAAUCAACUUCAUGUAGUCGCAUCAACCACUGCAUGAUUUAAAUCAUCACUAUCCCUGGUGUUAAAUGCACUAUAACAACUUAAAAUGGAAUCUUCCGAUUUCGGUGUGAAUGAUGAUACCACAGACAUUAUUUCCACAUCAUUAACACAUCACAUUGUGUGUUAAGCAACCUGGUUCUCUUUAUUCAAUCGCCUCCAUGUUCCAGUAAGUACGGUGUCGGCCGGGAAGGCGAAAACCCCGUGGUUUAAUUCCAAUCUGCUUAAGAGAUACCAAUACUUCACUCUAUUUUUAGUGGAUAUGAUAUGGCUUACUUGUUAUUGAAGUGCUCAAAUGACUUCUUGGACCUGUGGAUGGUCACUUGAUAUAUUGUUUAAUGACACUAAUGAGUUCCCAACUCUUGAGACCAUCUGCGGGUUCCCGGGCCGGGUUGGUUACCCGGGGUGUAGAUUUGGACUCGUCCCAGCUCCAUUCAAUAGCAUGUUAGGUACGUGGUCCAUUGCACCGUGGUCAUAGAAUGUUUUUACUUUACUAGAUAGAAGAUAAGGUGUUCCAUGUAGGAUGUUUGUGAUGUCAUGAAGUUUGGUUUGUGGAACGUUAUGGUGAGCCACUUAAUAACAAAUAGCUCCUGCAUCAUACUUGUACGGAGGAACACUUCUACAAUUGUGUAAUUGUGUCCAUAUCUAUACUGAUUAUAAUAGUGUUGUAGGCAUAGUACAUUUCAUUGUUCAAUUGUCAAAAAAUAAACCGUAAGUGAUUCCAUGUUAGUGUUUGGCUAAAAAUGAAAUUAUUGUUUUGCGUCAGCUCCAUAAUCAGAGACCAUAAAAUAGAUUAAGUUUACUCUGCAUAAACUGAAAAAAACAUUAGGCCACGCACACCCUCGGAUUUGUUUCAUGACUGGCUGAUAAUAAAGUUGGCAGAUCUUGUGUUGCACUAUUGCGCUGUACAGUGUCAUAUUUUGAAUCGUAUACUCUUUGUUUGUGUUAAUGACUUAACAGACAGCCUUUGAAGUUGUUAUUGUCGCCUUAUAAAAUGUAUUUGCGUUUUAUACGCAGAUUAACGCAUGGUAUGCACACAAGUUUCUUUUAGAUUUAUACCCCCAUAAACACAAUAAAUAUUGUUAAGUUAAUUCUUAAAUAAAUAAAUUGCAAGUGA